ACCCGUACGCUUCUCACUGCUGUGUUUUACUGCGGCCAUUGUGUGAGCUUUUUAAAUCGUAAAAAACUGUGCGAAAAUCAUGAAAUAACUCGGGGAUCUUUCGUGAAGUCAUGGCAGACAAAUCCAAGUCCAUAAUGAAGAAACCGGACGGCAUUAAGAGCGAGCCGAUGGACAUAGACGAACUCCAGUCGAAUGAAAGCGACGGUGAAACUGAGCAUGGGAUGAGAGUUGGCGAGGAAUAUCAAGCUGUUGUACCAGAUAUUAUUACAGAUAAAGACAAGUAUGAACCUUCUCAUAAAGCACUGUUAGUUUGGUCUCCAAAUGCAAACAUAACUGAUCAAAAAUUGGAUGAAUAUCUACAAAGAGCUAAGGACAAACAUGGUUAUAAUAUGGAACAGGCUCUGGGGAUGCUGUUUUGGCACAAACAUAAUAUUGAUCGAUCACUUACAGACUUGGCCAACUUCACACCUUUUCCAGAUGAAUGGAGCAUGGAAGAUAAAGUCCUGUUUGAGCAAGCUUUCAAUUCACAUGGAAAGUCUUUUAAGAAACUUCAACAAAGUCUUCAAGACAAGCCAAUCAGUAGUUUGGUAAAGUUUUAUUAUUCAUGGAAAAAAACAAGAAGUAGGACAAGUUUAAUUGAUCGGCAAGCAAAACGAGUCGCCCUUCAACGCGAUCAGAGUGAUAAUGAAAGUGAUAAAUCUGACACUAGUGACAGUGAUUUUGAACCUGAAAAAGAGGGACGUUCAAAUGGAGGCAUAAAGAGAAGCCUACCUGGAAAACAGAACCAUCCACCACCACAAAUUGUCCCAGCAAGUCUUUGUUCAAACUGUGGUACCCAGGGAGGUCAGAUGCACGCCACUACCAAAGGAAUGCUUUGUAAUGCUUGUUAUCAGUUCUGGAGGAGAACAGGAAUUAUGAGGUCAAGAUCAUCUAAUCAUGCAAAGAGUGACAGCCACAACGCAAGAUCUCAAGGAAAGGGAAAGAGGAAACCACCAAAGGGUAUGACAAUCACUCAGGAGUCACUGUUGGUUGUCAGCGGUCUACAUAGUAACGCACACUUGCGACCUUUGGACAUGGAUAUUAUCAACCUGAAACGUCACAUACAAAGCAACAAACAGGGUAUUAGUCAGGAUAGAUUCGACUUGCAGGCUGGUAUCAAUAAUGUACGGGGUCUGGAGCCAAAUUUAAAGAAUAAUGCAAGAUGGAGCAAUGAAGAACUGACCUUAGCUGUUCAAUCUGUUCGCCGUUAUGGGAAAGACUUCCAAGCGAUGGCAGAUGUCUUACAGAACAAGACUGUUAGUCAGUGUCGUAAUUUCUUUGUGAAUCACCGUAAACGUUACGAUCUUGAACGAAUCCUGGAGGAGUAUGAAGCUGAGCAAGGAAUAGUCAGAACAGAUAAGAAAGAUGGUGAUCAGGUUCCCUCGCCAGACUCCGGUGGUUCGUCUGUACCAUCACCUGGGACAGCGCAAGGUAAUCCCCCACCAUUGACAAAACCCAGUCCAGUUUCAACUCAGGCAAUGUUUACCAAUCCUGUGCCAUAUCGAAAUAAUGUACCAAGCACUGGUCUCUCAGUUCCACCACCACCACUCAUCAAACCUACACCAAUGAAUUACCCAGUCCAGGUUCGACUUCCCACUGGAGUCACAUCCCCACCGCCACAGUUGAUAACCCAGGACUCUCCAUACGGUCCUCCACACACUGGUGCCACCCCGCCACUACGACCGACCAAAGUUUAAAGUUUUGAUUGGAAAAAAACACUUUUGAUAUAAUCGAUUUUUUGAUAAUCAUUGGGAAACAUUCGGAUAAAAAUAAUGUCAAUAUUUAUUUCAAAAUAAUAUGUGAUGGAAGCAUAUAGCUUCUUAUAUCAACCCCCAAGAUAUUCUAUAAACCAUUCAAAUACAUCCUGCCCCACCUAUCCUGCAGCAAGAGGAGACAUUAAACUAAUGUAAUUAAACCCACUUCAUGCACCUUCCAUUUUACAACAAGUCUGCAAAGAUAGGAAACUCCCCCUUGCCCCAUAGGAGGGGUCGGUAUAGUGUUGGGCAAAAAAAUAUUUGAGCUCCCUGUGGUUGGAAUUUCAAUUUUUUUUGAAACUGUCAGAUGGAAAUAUAGACAAUCAAUUUGAUAAGCUCUGUUGGUAUGAUCCUGUGAAUGUUGCCAUUAAUUAAAGAUGC